GCUGUGAGUGGGUGUUAGAUUUAGCUCAUUAAAAAUGGCUGAAGUAGUUGUUGCUGGUUCUUGUAUGAUUGACCUUAUAUGUUAUGUGUCAAGACUUCCCAAACCAGGGGAGACUAUUGCUGGGCGGAGCUUCAGUCAAGGUUUUGGAGGGAAGGGAGCCAAUCAGUGCAUAAUGGCAGCACGCCUUGGCUCAUCAACAGCAAUGGUGGCUAAACUAGGGAAUGACAGCUUUGGUCGGAGCACGAUUGAGAACUUCAAUACAAACAAAGUCAACGUUGAUCAUGUUGGUAUCGUUGAUGAGAGUCAGUCUGGUGUCGCUCAAAUAACAGUUAAUGAUGAAGGAGAAAACUCCAUUGUAAUUGUUAGUGGUGCUAAUAAUCACUUAAAUGAUGAGGACCUUGGAUCUGCAAAGGAGAUGAUAUCAAGAGCUAAAGUAUUAGUGUGCCAAUUGGAAAUAUCACCAGAGACGACACUUAAUGCUCUCAAACUUGCUAAAGAGGCAAGAGAAGACUCUGCUGCUACCACAACUAUAUUUAAUGCUGCUCCUGGCCUUGCUGGACUAAAGAAAGAGUUUUAUAAAUACUCUGACAUACUGUGUGUGAAUGAAACAGAGGCUGAAUUAUUAUCUGGAGUAUCAGUAACUGAUAGAGCCUCAGGUGAAAGUGCUGUUUUAUCUUUGCAGAAUGAAGGACCAGGCUGUGUUGUAUUAACCAUGGGGAGUGGAGGAGUCUUAUACACACUACCUAGGGAAGAAAGAAAUGGAGAUGACUCAGUUAGUGUGCAUCACAUACCUGCAGAGCCUGUUAAUGUUGUUGAUACUACAGGAGCAGGUGAUGCAUUUGUAGGAGCACUGGCAUAUUAUAUAGCAAGACACUCCAGUCUUAGUUUUUCGGAGAAGAUAAGAAGGUCCUCACUCAUUGCCACACACACUGUUACACUACCAGGAACACAGACCAGCUUCCAAACACACACCCUCCCUAAAGAACUCAUGGUAUCCUAAAUGUUUAUUAAAUUAAGUUUAUUCAUAGUUCCUGGAAUAGCUUCUGUUCUGCAAUUACUUGAAUCACCA